GAACCGAACAUACAGAUUUGCUCUGUCUUCGAAACACUUUAAAAAUCUUUAAAAUAAUUUUUUUUUUAAAAGCUUUUGAAUUGUCUCGGGAACAAAACUCAAGUCUUCGAAGUUCGAUCAAGUUUCAGUUUUUAAUCUGUUCCCUAACGAAUUCGAUCACCGGAGAGAAUAUGGAGACACCGAGGUCCGUCGGCGAGGCGUCGACGACUAACUUCGUGGUUGCACGACCGUCGGCGAAGACUGACGAUGCGGUGACGACGAGAGGCUGCGGUUUCGGUAACCUAGCGUGGGUAGGCGUAGACAGAGAGGAGCUUCGUCGGAGGAUAGUGAUGCCUGAGUAUCUCCGACUCGCCAUGCGAGAUUGCAUCGAGCGGAAAGACUCCACCGCGGUUCCGGACCAUUUGUUACUUCCCGGCGCCGCAGCCGCCACUGAGGAGUUAGCUCCUCCUCAUGCACCGAUGGUUGUGUUUAUUAACCCGAAAAGCGGAGGUCGUCAUGGACCUGUUCUUAAAGAGAGGCUUCAACAGUUGAUGAGCGACGAACAGGUAUUUGAUCUCACAGAAGUGAAACCCCAUGAAUUUGUACGGUACGGUUUGGCGUGUUUGGAGACGAUUGCAGCCAAAGGAGAUGAAAUGCGCAAGAGAAUGCAGAGAAAGGAUUCGGAUCAUGGUGACUAA